GAACAGGAACCUCUUAGAACAAAGCCCCGCCGUACUCCCUCCCUGCUGGCUUUUCUUUUGCCGCUUCGGGCAUUUGUAAUUCGCUUAAUUCCUCAGCCCCGAGAUUCUGGGAACCCGCCGAGGAAGAAGUGUCUUGUUCUGGACAAUCUCACAGUCCUCUGAUCUUGCUCCUUUUCACGCGUAGUCCGUGGCCUUGUAAUCCACCAAAUUGCAAGUGGGAAGAGCUCUCUGUGCAAGUCCAGGCCCCUGUACGUAUGUUAUUUGCCUUGGCCCCGACUGUGUCCUUCACAUUGGGCACAGGGAAAUGUUUGGAAUACCUUGGUGCAAACUGAGGGCCUUGGACUCCUGGCUUGGCAUUCACCCUGUUGGCUAGUGAGAGGCACCAAGAGUGGCUAACAAAUCGUCUUAACUGAGCUAAAUUUUAAGCCCUACCAGUCUGUGAACUUGGAUUUACAGUCUGCAAAGUGAGUCCUUGCACUUUAAAAUGUUGGGAUGGGGGCCAUAAUGGAAAAUGGAGUCUCAUAUUCAAUAAUACUAAACAUGGGAGUAUUUAUCUGCCUCCAAGGAAGCUGGAGAUGCAAAGUAGAAAAAGCUGGGUUCACAUCACUUAGAUUUUAAUGGGGAACCAGACAUAUCAACAAACUUGAGAGAACCACAAGAUAGAGGUCAGCAGGGGAGACACUCCUAUAUCAAAUCUGAUGGAAUAGGGAAAGCAUCUGUGGGAAAGUAGUUGAACAGAUUUUUUUUUUCUAAGAUGUCAUUUUUUAAAAAUUUAAAUUCAAUUGCAUAUAGUGUGUUAUUAGUUCCAGAGGUAGAGUUCAGUGAUUCAUCAGUUGUUUAGAAAAUCCAGUGCUCGUUAUAUUGCGUGCCCUCCUUGAUGCCCAUCACCCGGUUACCCCAUUCCCCACACCCCUUCUCUCCAACAACCCUCUGUUUCCUAUGGUUAAGAGUCUCCUAUGGUUUGUCUCUCUCCCUGAUUAUAUCUUGUUUUACUUUUACCCCCUUCCUCUAUGCUUCUCUGUUUUGUUUCUUAAAUUCCACAUAUGAGUGAAAUCAUAUGAUAAUUGUCUUUCUCUGAUUGACUUAUUUCACUUAGCAUGAUAUUCUCUAGUUCCAUCCAUGUUGUUGCAAAUGGCAAGAUUUCAUUUUUUUUUUUUGAUGGCUGAAUAGUGUUCCAUCAUAUAUGACCACAUCUUCUUUAUCCAUUCAUCUGUUGAUGGACAUCUGGGCUCUUUCCAUAGGUUGGCUAUUGUGGACAUUGCUGCUCUAAACAUUGGGGGGCAGGUGCCGCUUCGGAUCCCUAAAUUUGUAUAUUUGGGGUAUGUACUUAGUAGUGCAAUUGCUGGGUCUAGGGUAGCUCUAUUUUUAACUUUUUGAGGAACCUCCAUUGAGCUGAGUUUUUAAAGGGAGAAAAACAUUCCCAACAAAGAAGCACAAGAGAAGGCUAAGGGGUGAAAGAAUGUGAUACUUCUACGAAAUUGCAAGUAAUUGGAUAUUGCCACAGCUAAGGGAGCUGGUAGCAGUAGGCUAGGCUUCAGAGAUACUUGGGGAACACCCUUGGAUAUAUCUUGCUAAGCUCAGGAUUUUGAACUUUACCGUGAAUGCAUCCUGAUGCGUACUUUUUCAGCAUUAUCUCUUUUAUUUAAACUGUGCACCUAGUUACACCAAGCUAUCAGCAGUUUUCCCAGAUGCACUUCUUCACUUCUCUGCUCUUGCUUCGACUGAGAGGCACCUAAUCUUUACAAUCUUAGAGGUUACCAUCUCAGCUUAUCGCCUGUGGUAUAAACUUUUUUUUCUUUAACCCACACUUACGGAAGUCUAAUACUGCAGGCAGAGCACUAGGGUUUGGUAAUAUAAAAAUCAUUUAAAUCAUGUUCCUGCCUUUGAGGAUCUCACCACACAAAAAAAGGACGAGUUGUGUUGUAAAUGCCAAUAAAGGAAAAGGAAGAGUAUUGAGAUCCUGAGUAGCAGAACCUUGCACAUCCAGGCAGCCAGGGAAAGUCCAAGGCUGGGGGUCUACCUGCAACAUGGAAUGAAGAAUUAAGGAGCAAUACUGCUGCACAGCCCUUUCUCCCCAGACAAAAGAGAGUCGAUUGCAGUUUUGAAAGAGGGCAGGAAAACGAUGCCACAGCAGGUACUUUCUACAGCGGAAAAGAUGGCCUUAAAGGUAAUGAGCUUUUACUAACGGAGUGUCAAGGCACUGCACAGUUGCCUAGAAACGGCCACAGAGAGGACAGCUGCCUGAAGUCUCUCCGGACUCAGACUGAGAGGUGGUGACGGGGAAGACUCGGAUGGAGAGAAGCUCUGCUAGUCCUCCGCGGGAUCAUUGCCAGAAACCGCACUAGGACCUCGGCCCGAGAGGGACCAAUAGGAGCCGACGCUUCCCGAUCCGGGUAUUGGGAGAGACCCUUUCAGCCAAUCUUUGGACGGGCACUGGUGACAUCACCGGUUGCUCCCUGGAUGGCCUCGUGACGUCAUCACACAGCGCCGGAAGUGGUGCGGCUCUGAAGAGUGACUUGCGCUUGUCUGUCUCCGCGGUCUCGAGAGUAAUGAUGAGGGUGUGCUGGUUGGUGAGACAGGAUAACCGGCACCAGCGAAUCAAACUUCCGCAUUUGGAAGCAGUCAUGGUUGGGCGUGGCCCAGAGACCAAGAUUGUUGACAAGAAAUGUUCUCGACAGCAAGUACAGUUGAAAGCAGAGUGUAACAAAGGAUAUGUCAAGGUGAAGCAGGUAGGGGUCAAUCCCACCAGCAUUGACUCAGUCAUAAUUGGGAAGGACCAAGAGGUGAAGCUGCAGCCUGGCCAAGUUCUCCACAUGGUGAAUGAACUUUAUCCAUAUAUUGUAGAGUUUGAGGAAGAGGCAGAGAGCCCUGGCCUAGAAACACACAGGAAGAGAAAGAGGUCAGGCAACAGUGAUUCUAUAGAAAGGGAUGCUGCCCAGGAAGCUGAGUCCUGUAGAGGACUGGAACCUGGGAGUGACCCUGGCCAAUCCUCUGUGCCCUCAAAGAAAGGGAAAGAUGCAUCUACCAAAAAGGAAUCAUUGGGUCACUGGAGUCAAGGCUUGAAAAUUUCUAUGCAGGAUCCCAAAAUGCAGGUUUACAAAGAUGAGCAGGUGGUGGUGAUUAAGGAUAAAUAUCCCAAGGCUCGUCAUCACUGGCUGGUCUUACCAUGGGCUUCCAUUUCCAGUCUGAAGGCUGUGACCAGGGAACACCUUGAGCUCCUUAAACACAUGCACACUGUGGGGGAAAAGAUGAUCACAGAUUUUGCUGGGUCCAGCAAACUCCGCUUCCGUUUGGGUUACCAUGCCAUUCCCAGCAUGAGCCAUGUACACCUUCAUGUGAUCAGCCAGGAUUUUGAUUCUCCUUGCCUUAAAAACAAAAAACAUUGGAAUUCUUUCAAUACAGAAUACUUCCUAGAAUCACAAGCUGUGAUAGAGAUGGUACAGGACGCUGGCACAGUGAGUGUCCGAGAUGGGAUGCCUGAGCUCUUGAGGCUGCCCCUGCGUUGUCACGAGUGCCAGGAGUCGCUGCCUUCCAUUCCCCAGCUGAAAGAGCAUCUCAGGAGGCACUGGCCACAGUGAUUCCACGGAGCCUGAACCUUUGCAGCAGGUGUGGCUGAUUGUGUAGAGCAAAUUCCUGGCACCUGUCCUGGAUUGCCUGUGAACUUUUAUUUCUUGAAUUAAAACAUGCAGUUUUUUUUUUUUUUUUUUUAAACAAAGCUUCUUCUGUUCCUGAGUGGCUACAAUAUGGGGUGACUUGAAGUAGUUUAGGAAUUAGGAAUUUGGGUUUGUCAUGGAUGUGUCCUCCGGUGAUGGUGGCUGGGAUAGGCCUGAUCCCCAGGCUCCAGGAUCCAUGUCAGGUCUGACUGAUGGGGGGCAAAGCCAUGUUCAAACUGACCUAAUGCAAGAUAUGGAAGAGGGUGGGCUAUAUAUUUCUGUCCAUACAUUUAAUCCUUUCUCCCCCGAGACCUGUGGUACUACUCUUCAUCAGAGCAGCUAGAGAGGUCUCAUAUUUAUCCUGAAGGCCCUAAUUGGUCUUGUUUUCUGAUCUUAAUCUCUUCUGUAAUAUUCUUUCUCUUUCCUUUCUUCAUGGAGAAACUUAGUUGCUUCUCUCCCUUUCAUUCCUUUCUAUCCAAAACCACCCAUGCUUCCUUCUCAGGAAAUGUGUCUCACCAGUUCUUAUUCAUUUUAAGCAAACAGGCUAGACGAGGGGGUGGAGAGAUGGAGUUUUCUAAUAUUAGGGGUUCCUGGCUGGUGAGGAAAUACUUGGCCAAAUGUUCAUCACGGUUUGGUUGUCAAGUCUUCUUGCUGGUCUGCUUGGAUCUUUCGUCUGAAAAUAAAGUUUAUUUGUUGGGGGCAGCUCUCUUAGGUAGUUGAAAACUGUUGGCAGUUCAGGUAAUAGUCACAGAUUUAGUUCUCAUGCAUGCAGAGGUCGCUGUUGACUGAAAAGUUGCACAGAACCCCAUAGCUUCAUUUUUCACCAAAUUUGGAUGGUACUGUUGGAGCAAGUUGAUUUUUGGAUAAUGUCAGAACUGAAGGUAAAGGGAAAUCUAAAAUGUUUUUGAUUAUAUUCGUGAUCUAUUUGAGGAUUGGACUCUUUUUGCUCUUGAGUUAAAAAAAAAAAUACCCUUAAUAAUAACUUCUCUCUGGAGAAUACCUCAGUCCAUAGAGACCACAUUUGACCUCAGUCUUUCACAAACAGGAUGCUACAGUGGUUUCUUGGUGAGCAUGGAUAUAGUCAUAAUUAGCAGUAAUUAAUGAUUACAGCAGCUAACACUCAACUCCUGUGUGUCUGGGCAUUAUGCUAAACACUUUGUUCAAAUUAUCUCAUUUACUUCUCACUGUAUGUAAUUCUAUGGGGUAGGUACCAUUGUUAUGACCCUUUAAAGGAUAAAAAUUUAAUAAUCUAUAAAAGUUGCUGGGCUUCAAAGUUGGUCUUGGUUCUGGUGCAUCAAAUUCAUUUUUCCUAUUAGUUGAAGAAUAUAAAUGUAUUACUAACCAGUAGGAGCCAUAGACCCCCCCCCAGGGGCCUUUGGCCUGUGCUGGCCAGAAGCUCUCCAUGGCAUUUCAAUGAUUUAUCUGAGGACUGUAAGUUCCUUUAAAGCCCCUUUUCCACAUCUGAUGCCUUAAAGCCCCUAGAAACCCUAGAUACUUUCUAAAGGUACACUCCAUGGUUGCCUGAGAUCAGAAUUGCUAGUUCCAUUUUACAACCUGGAAAUAUCUGGGCUCUACCCCAGAACUACUGAAUCACGAUUAUAGGAAUCUAUAAAACAAACAUUCAUUGGGUGCCUGGGUGGCUCAGUUGGCUGACUCUUGAUUUUCUCUUGGGUCAUGAUCUCAGGGUUGUGAGAUCGAGCCCCAAGUUGGGCUCUGCGCUGAGCGUGGAACCUGCUUGGGAGUCUCUCUCUCCCUCUCCCUCUGCCCCUCCCCCUGCUCGAGCACACUCUCUCUCUCUGUCAAAAUGAAACAAAACAAAACAAGAAACCAACAGCAAAAACACUCAGGAUGACUUAUUCAUACUAAAGUUUGAGAACCAUAAUAUAAAUGAAAUCUGGGCUUCAAAGCACCUUGCAUUUCUGAAACUCCUGGAUUAGACUCUGUCCUGUGAGGAUAUACACACCAUUUUCUGGUUGGCUUUCUGGGCUAGUUGCAGGCCUUCCUUCCCUUUGCAGGGUCAGUUUUAUUUCAGGAUCCAGGGAGACCUUGGGCAUUAGAUAAGGGAGAAUGACUGGUUAUAGGGACUGGUGCUUUGUUUCUACAGGGAUUGGGGGGAGGCCCUCGGGCCCCAUGCUUUUAGGGGCAAGGCCUAGAGCUGAUGACUGUCCGUCUUCAAUGAUUCCCAUCUCCUCCUUCUGUUCAGAGGGCAGUCUCAGAGGCGUGGCCUGGGGUCUGUGAUGAACUCAGCUAACCUUAGGCUCAGAGCAUAUAUAUUUUUCCUCUUCUGGUUCUAUCUCUGAGAUAUCCAGGUACAAAUGGUCCUUUCAGGGACCAGACCAUAGUUGAGAUGGUCACUGAGUCCUUGCAGCCUCAGGGAUGUUUUCUGGAGCCUGGAAUCUGGUAGUUAGUCACAUAUACUGCAUAUGGCUGGAUAUCAGAGAUUCAGGGCUGAGCUGUGUCAGAAUUGACCUAACUGCUUCUCUCUAUCCCAGUAACUAUAACUUGAAGAUUUCCACAGAGCUCUGAAGAUUCUUCCAUAGAUUAGGUUAAAAAUAUGAUGAAGGCCAUGAAGUUCACUCCCCAAAAUAUAUAUACACAUCUUAUGUACCCUUAAAGUGCUUCCAUAGACUCCCUGGGGGUCUGUGGACCCCAACUUAAGAAACUCUGCUAUGGAGAAAAAGGUCAUCACUAUGCAUCUGGGAUUUUAGGAGGUGUCUGGGAUCACUAUGGAGGUCUAGGGGAGAGACCUCAUCUCUAGGAUGUCCCUGGGAUGCUCUCCUUUGAUCUCAUGCUCCUCCCUCAACCCUUUGGCAUGUGCACAUCCUGGGGGCUUCUGGCUUCUGGCUCCAGUUUAGCCAUCACAUGGAGACAGGAAUCUUGGGAAAUAGAGAAAUCCUCAGCAGGUCUGAGGGGUUUAGGAACCCUGACUGACAGACUUACCAUGAGCCAUCUAAAAGGCAGUGAAUCUACACUACUAAAACCAGUCAUCUGCAUAAAUAGAUCAGCUAUAUCAUGAAUGUAUCCCAGGAUAGUGGGAGUGGCAAUACCUCUUGGGUACAGUAUGUUAACAGUCCAAACUGUGCUGGACUCCAUAAGUAAUCUCUGACUAAGGCAGAGAUUUCACUGAGGCCUCAGCCAAUGUCCUUGAGAAUUGCAGAACAUUAAACUUCAGAUAAGGUACCCAGUGAACUUUUUAAAAAUAGAUACUGCAAAAACAUUCAAUUUAAUUUUUUACCUAAUCAACAAUGCUAUAUAGUUUAGCAUAUUGAUAUUAAAAUCAAAAUGAGAAUAUUUGAUAAGAAACUGCAACCAAGGAAAAACUAUAUCACAGUGUAAUAUGUGAGAUAUAAUGAAGGGAAAUUUGGACCAUUUCAACAUUUUUUGUUCAGCCAGGCUACUCUGACCUUGAAUAAUAGAAUUUUUGGAUGAGCAAAUGUGAAUAAUGAUUUUGGGGGCCAGAAAAAGGGUCUGAAAUAUUGAGGUAUAUAGACCCCAUGGCACCCUCUCUCCCAGGUGGACUAUUAUUACAUUAUCACUAGAAAAAACGAUCUUUGCCUGUUUAUCCCAGAUUUAUUAUUGUGUUACAAUUGGAUGGAGUCUUCUCUAGGUACUGGGCAUACUGGCAUGAAAAAAUAGAACAAAUUCAUAUAACUCAUAUUUGUGACUCCAAGUUGUAUUUCCUCCAAUUAGGGACUAUCCUCUUCUGCCUAAGCCCCAUCAUAUCCAGGCCAGGCAGCAGUUUUAUUAAAAUACAAUGGUUAAAUAUGGGUGGUUACUUCAACUCUAGCCAAGAAGCCAAAUUUAUAAUCGAGUUCUUUUGUUGCUUAAAGAGAAGGUAGAUAUGAUGACAGAGAUGAACUGGAACCUGAAACUGAGCAAGUGAAUGCUUUAUAUGAGAGCAUGAAGAGUAGACCUUAAAUAGUUUAUUACAGAUCUUAAGUCAGAGCUGGAGAAAAGGGUUCUCAAAUUCCAUUAGACUCUCUGAACUAGAGUAAUCUACUCUAUGUCUUUUCAUUUAUUUUAUUUUAAUUUUUUUUAGCAAACAAACUCUACCAUCAAGGAAUGGGUUUUGGGUUUUAGAGUCUACUGAUGAUUAGUGCUCUGAUGCAUUAUUAGCAUUAUGUAGGCCAUUGUUGAAUGACUCAUUAAAUCAGACACAUUCAAGUGCCUGAGUGUUCCCUUGUCAGCAGCUGCUCUCUACCCAAACUUCAGGGAAGGGAAUGGCCAGACUGUGGAAUAGUGGGAAAGGAGUUUAGGAGUUUAGACCUCUAGGAUUCUGGGCCAUUCACUACUCAACUCCUUUUGUCUGUUCCAUUUUAUAAAUUUAUUUUGAGACCAUCUAUUUCAACUUCCUCAAUUUUUAGAAGGCAGCUGGGACUUGAAGAUUUAAGGGGCUCAUUUAGCAAUUUAAACCAGAUCUUGGCCUUUAUUGCAAUCCUCUUCUCGACUCUUCCCAGAUCCUCUUAGACAAUGGCAGCUUUUUUUUUUUUUUUCAAAGAUUUUAUUUAUUUAUUUGAGACAGAAUGAGAGAGAGAGAGCACAUGAGAGGGGGGAGGGUCAGAGGGAGAAGCAGACUCCCUGCAGAGCAGGGAGCCCAAUGCGGGACUCGAUCCAGGGACUCCAGGAUCAUGACCCGAGCCGAAAGCAGUCGCUUAACCAACUGAGCCACCCAGGCGCCCGCAAUGGCAGCUUUUUAAAAAAAAUUUAAGUAAACUCUGCCCCCAACAUGGGACUCGAACUCAUGACCCCAAGAUAAAGAGUCCCAUGCUCUACCGAUUGAGCCAGCCAGGGGCUGUAGACACUGCCAUCUUAUUUGAGAAUAAGGAUCAGCUGCUCUCCUAAGUCCCACUUGCUUCUGUCCUGCCUCAUAAUAUUUUUUUCAUGUAAAUGUAGAGUAGAAAAAAAAAUCACCUUAGGCUUAUAUUGGAAGUUCAGCUCUGUUCCAUGUUAGCUGUGUGGCACUAGGGUAGUCAUUUAACCUCUCUGGCCUCAAUUUCAUCAUCUGUCAAAUGGAACUAAAAUAUGUACCUCCCAGGUUGACUGAGGAUUAAACAAGCAUGAACAUGAAAGGGCCAGGCACUGGGGUGGUCCAGCACUCAAUCCUAGUCUCCUCUGCCAAACUCUAACCCCAUAUGAUCUGUAAAGCCUUAGUGAAUAUUCUCUUAAGCAAGCCCUUUCCCCCUUCCAGUCUUGGUUUUUCAUAUUUAAAACCAGGGCCUUGGAUUAGGUUAUAUUUAAAGUCCCUCCCUGUUAAGAUUUGAGUCCUCAGCCAUCAGCUGAUUAGCUCCCAUUGCUCUGUCCUCAAGGUCUUUUUUUUCCCCCUUCAGACUAAAUUGGCAGAUGAGCUUUCUAAAUAGUGCAAGAAAUUCUUUGCACUCAUGCAUUAACCUGUAAAGUAAGUUUUUAAAGAAGUCUUCAUUUAUCCCACUUCAUGCUGAUUCUGGACCCAUGCGGGAGGCAAAGGGCAUAGCUGAAUCUAGGGGUUUAAAUGAUACCAUUUAACACACACAGCGAGAGAGGGAACACAAGCAGGGGGAGUGGGAGAGGAAGAAGCAGGCUCCCCGCAGAGCAGGGAGCCCGAUGCGGGACUCGAUCCCAGGACCCUGGGAUCAUGACCUGAGCUGAAGGCAGUCGCUUAACCAACUGAGCCACCCAGGCGCCCAACCCUUCCACAUUUCUGCCAAAGCAGAGAAAGCACCCUGACUUCUUUGCUUCGGUCACAUAAUCAUCUCUAAUCACUGUGUCUCUUCGGUGGAUGGCAUACUCUGGCCAUCUCAAGUAACAGGACCAUCUUGAGAUGAGGGGUGGAGGGCCACACUAGAAUUUCACGGAAGAGGGAGGAGCAGUUUGCAAAACAAUAGUUGUUUACUGCUCAUGUGGACUGCACACAUCAUUCCCAUAGGCUGGGAGCUCCUUUGGCCCUACACUGUCACCAUGGGAUCUAAGACUGAAAAGGAGGCAAACUGUCCUGGACUUAAGGCAGCUACAAGUUGAAAAGUUGACACAAUCCACUGCCCCCACUACUGACUUGUAUUGUUUGCCUUGAUUGGAAGAAAAACUGGAUCAUAUUUUCAAAUUUAAUGAUUAGUUACUGGCCAAGGACCUUUUGCAGAAAUUUCCCCAGAAACUAUAGGAUAUACUCUUAAAAUGCUGGUUGGAGUUGCCAGGGUCCUAGGGCACCUCCAUGUUGUGGUUCACCAGUAGACCAUCAACCUUUGCUGCUCUGUCCUUAGCUGGGUUCUGGAGAUAGGAGGUCAGAGCCAGGGCAGAGGAGAGGACUUUGAAGGAUGCCUGAAAAGCCAGUUGAGCAGCUGGAUUCUUACCUACUAUGGACAGUAAUUCCAGUAUCACAAAUAUUCUCUGGGUUACUAAAUACCUGGAGUGACUAGGGAACAGAAACUAAUUUUUGCUUUCAAGAACCCAGAAAAGAGAAAAUGUUCAUGACAGAGAGAGGGUAGGAAAUAGGUCAAAUACUAAAAUGUGGUCCCUCUGGCUGGUCAGGCGUUAGGGAAGAGACCCUACUAGGUAUACCUAUCUGAAUUAUCUGUCUGAGAAGCUGAUAGACAGUAGGUCCCGAUAACGUGAAUGAGAAAAAGGCGCACCCUGCAGGCAGGAGCUUCUGGCCCAUACUCAUCUCUGAGGUUGAGGCCCAGGUACUGUACAGAUGCCAAACCUUACAGGCCGGGGACCAUUUUUUUCACCAGACCAUGAAGUUCUCUAGAACAGAUGCUGUUUUUUGGUUCUCCAUCGAGUACUCAGUGAAAUUCAGUGUACCUGGAACAUAAUAGGAUCCCAAUAAAAUUUUGUUGAGUGAAUGAAACCUCAUGUUUCAUUGAAAGCAUGAAGAAAACAGCACUCUCUCUGUUGCAGCUGAAUUUAACUGUCAAGUGUGUCUGGUGAGGCUACAUCUUUGGCUUUUAGAAACACUUUAAUAAACCUCUUAUUGCCAUUGUUUAUGGACAAAGUAUUUCAUAUGGAUCAGAAUUAGGGGAACAUAAACAUGUUAGUAUCUUCUCAUAUAAUGUUCUAGAUAAUAUUUUCCUACAUAACAUUCCAGAUUUUAAUGUUUGCUAGCAAACCAGGUGAUUAGGGCUAUUGGGGUUUUCCAUAUCUUUUCAAGGGGAGGUCUAUUUUUUGGGUUACUGUCUUUGGCCGCCAGAUGGCAGCAUUUGAACAAGAAAUUCUUAAUCUGUUUUCUAAUCCAAAGCUUAGUUUCACAUUCUAUGUUUCAAAAUCAAUGCUUCACAAUAAAAUAUGUAAGUUUUUUUUUUUUUAAAUAAGGCUGAUGUGUGUUUAACUGAUGUCCUAAUCAAGAUAGAAGUUUGAGAGAAAACCAGGGUAUAGGUAAGAAUACAAAACAUACAUGAUUGUUAAGGGGAGGCUGUUUGGCUCUGAGGUUAGACUCUAUAAUUAGUUAGAGCCAGGGUUGAGACCUGAGUCUGAAAUUUAUCAGAUGAGGGUCUUGAAGCAUGUCAAAUGCAUGGUAGGCCUUGAAAAUAUGAUAGUUCAUUUCCUCUCGUUCCUUAAUUUGACCCCAAGAUUAGUAACUCUUGCUCUCAUCACAAGUAUAACUGGGAGUAGCCCUGGGAGCAGACACUUCUGGGCCUAUCCUUGAAAAGUGGUGUUAUUUUUACAUUGUCAUAGUUAUCAAGUCUUUGAUGGUUUGAUAUUAGAGGAAGCCCUGUCAAAGCAAGACAAAUGAUACACAGAGACGGUAAAGGGGUAUGUGUGCAUUUUCCAUGGGUCGGCUUUCCUCAAAACCUCCUUGUGAUAGAAGAACCCAGCUUCACUUCUGUCCUCCAGCUCUUCUAAGACUUUUGUCUUCUAAGCAGGCAGAAUAAAUGCCCCAGCCUCAAAUAGUGCCAGAAUAUUAGAAUUGGAAAGAAUUUUACAAGCCAGGACUUUUGACAUUUUUUUUUAAGAUUUUUUAUUUAUUUAUUAGAGAGAGAGAGAACACGAGCAGGCAGAAUAGCAGGUAGAGGGAGAGGGAGAAGCAGACUCCCUGUCGAGCAAGGAGCCGGAUCAUGACCGGAGCCGAAGGCAGUUGCUUAACCAACUGAGCCACCCAGGUGCCCCGGGACUUCUGACAUUUUGAAGGAGUCACAGAUUCAGAGAAUUUGGUGAGAGCUAUGGACCCUCUCUCCAGACAUUUUCUUUUUUCUCCAAACAUUUUCAACAAAUCAAUUAUCCAUGAAUUUCCUAGGGCAGAGGUUCUCAACUGAUGAGUGUGUGUGUGUGCACGCACGCACAUAUGAGCACACAUGCACAUGCAUGUGCAUUCUGUAGGCCCUGAUUAUUUUGAACCAUCUGGUAGGGCUUUUUUUUUUUUUUUUUUUUUCAAAACCACACACAGAAAGUCACUCUACUACCAUGGGAGGGCAUCUAAUGCUGUUGGUGCUUUGGUCAGGUAAGUGUUUAAUCUUUUGCCCUGAGAAUUUGUUAACACUCUUUAAUCUAGUAGCCUCUGAUGUCCCAUUGAGGGGUUUGGGACACAGAAAUUAUUGUUAUAACACCAGUGACAAACUUAUGUCCUUAUUAAACACCAAGAGUGUUUAUAUUCCCAAAUUCAUGCUUGGAGAAAAUAUACUAAAAUGUUAAUUAGUGGUUGGCUUUGGAUGGUGAGAAGGUAGGUAAUUUAAAUUUUGUUAUAUUGUGCAGAUUUCUAAUUAGCCACGGUGAAUAUAUAUUUGGGAAUGUGAAAAAAACCCCAGAUUUUAUUUUUUAAAGUAAUAGAUCACAAGGGAAUGCAAUUAACAUUCAGUUACCUAUAUUAAUAGCUGAUAAAACAAAAAAUGGCUAAUAAUUUUAGUAAGUCAAAUCAGUUCUCCAGCCCUUUAGAGGCAGAAAGACAUCCUGCAAGGCCAAAUUCCAAGCUGUAGCAGGUUCAGUUGGACCUGAGGAUGACACAAAUGAAGGUAAUUCAAGUUUUGGAUUUGAUUUCUCUGUUACUAGAUCUAGAAAAGUAGAUUUUCUGUUUGCCCCCAACCUUAAUCUCUCUUUUAUGGAAACGUCAACUACAUUUUGUUCAAAAUUGUUGUCCUAGCAACUUCUUAAUUGUAUUUAUAAAUGUCUUUCAGCGGCCUCUGAGGUCCCAUAAUUUCUCUUGAGUGUUAUGUUGAUGUGGCAUGUUCUAUUAAAUUCCAAUAUUGAACCAUCCUUGAGUUCUUGGAAUGAA